AUGGCCUACUCUCGUCGUGACCGCUACGACGAUGGGUACUAUCCCCCUCCGCCAGAUGAUCGAUUCACGGCGCCCCCGCCCCGACGACACAAAUCCGAGAGACACCGUCGUCGCAGCCCCGACGGUAUCCCCAACUACGCCCAAGAUGCGUACCCCCCGCGACGGGGCCAUUACCGCGGGGAUGGCCCCGAGCCAAGAGGCAUGACGCAACCGGGGAGCAGCGCGCGGCGUCCGAGAAGCCCUCCCCCGUAUUAUUCUCCAGAGCCGCUCCCUCGCGAACCGCGCAAAGACUCGCGGAGGGACCCUCCUCGUCACCCUAGACCGGAGAGAGACGCGCCGCGAGGCUAUGCUCGUGACUACCCCUCGCCUCGGGAUUAUGCUGGCUCCCACGAUAGGCCCCGCCGCCCACACCGCGACGAGCUCGAGUAUCGUCCUCGACGGGACAGAGCAUCGCCGCCGCCCGAAUACAGAUCCCGCGGCCGAGAAGGUCGCCCUCACAAGUCUCGACCCGCCUCGCCGGAACCAUUGCCCCGAGCUCGAGACUUUCCCCCCUCCGGAUACGGCAAUGACGACAGCAGGCGCCAUCGCCAGGCGCGAUCUGACGAUCGCUCCCGCAAACGAGGCGUGAGUCCACCCGUCCGUGGUCGUGACCGCGGCGUCGGUCCCACGAGCAACUCCUCUUCAUCUUCUCGCCGCAAGUCCGCUCCUGCUCCGACGGUUGAGAAAGCCAAGAAACAGGCUUGGUGGCAGAAUCCUCUUAUCCAGGCGGGUGCGCGGACAGCCUUUGCGGCCGGAGCGCAGGCAGCGAUGCAGAAUCGCAAUGAUCCCAAUCCGUGGUUGGGGUCCAAGGGUGCCAAAGUUGCGACGGCGGCGUUGGGGGCCGCCCUGAUGGAUGGGUUUGGCGGGCGCAAGAAGGACUAA